AUGGAUUAUGACGAUAUCGCCUGUCCAAGGUGUAAGACCACAAAGUAUCGUAACCCAAAUCUCAAACUGCUAGUCAAUGUUUGCGGUCACCCGCUGUGCGAAAAAUGUAUCGAAUCCAUGUUUGCCACCGGGGUAGCCAAGUGCUUUCAAUGUCCUACACCCUUGAAAAGGGGUAACUUCAAAAGACAGCUUUUCCAGGAUAGCGGUGUCGAGAAAGACGUCCAAAUCAGACGUGAUAUACUCAGGAAAUUCAACGAGAGCCCAGACGCCUUCCCAACCCUACGAGCCUACAAUGAUUAUCUGGAGAAGUUGGAGACAAUAAUCUACAAUCUCGCGAACGACAUAGACAUAGAUGAGACAAAAAGGUUACUCGAUGAACUAAGAAGACCUAAAGAGGCAAAGAAGGAAGUUGUGGAAGAGAAGAAGCAACCGUACUUUCACAAAGUGGAACAGGAGGAUCUCGAAGGCCCCGAUAUGCCCACCAUCGAUAAUCGAUACAUCAAGGCUAUCAGGACGUUCUCGACUCAGGAAGUUGCUGGCGGCUUCACGGCCGAGCUCGCCAUCCGAAGAGCCAUCAAAGAGGCUUUCUCGAGCCUCUAUAGAAGAACAGCAAUGACGUGA